CGAGUACUGCCCUCAAACAGAAUUAUCUCCGGGUUCUUGAACCAACGCCACUAUCACGCCGUCUGCGGACUUUAUGCACCUAUCACUAUCCUCAGCGACGCCCACAUCGCCAAGAUCGGCAAGUUCGCGAUGCAAGUCAUUGCCCCGCUCCGCCACGUGAGUCGUCUAACCUCGAGGCCGGGUAAUUUGGUGAAAAUGGCGUCAACGAAGACAUCGAGGAAAGCAUAUCCGUUAUUGAAUACCUACGGCUAGAGUGGUAUAAAAGGAUGUAAAACCUGUUGUGCUAACUAUAUUCAUCGUGUUUCUUUGAGUGAUUCAACUUAUACCAUACCUUACCAUCUCCGAGCAUCAUGGCAAACGUAGAGGAACAGUACGCGCUCUCACAGGACCAGAUCGACUUCUUCGUGGAAAAUGGUUAUAUCAAACUGUCGAACUGCUUCACAAAGGAGCAAGCCGACGAUAUCCAGUCCACACUAUGGACACGACUUGGUAUGGAUCCCAACGAUAUGUCAACAUGGAACAGUGAACGCAUACACAUGCCUCAUUUCCGAGAGUUUGAUGUCUCGACUUUUUCCCCACGCGCUUGGGCAGGCAUGUGCUCCCUUCUUGGAGGCGCUUCUCGGAUCAAGGGUGCCUUGACCUGGAAAGACGGCUUCAUAGUAAAUCUCGGGACGCCUCAGGGCCACAACAAAGUUGUCAAACCUCAAAAGCUAUACAACUGGCACGUUGACGGCGACUUUUUCGUACAUUAUCUUGACUCACCGGAACAAGGGCUUCUCGUGAUUCCAUUGUGGAGCGACAUUGUCGAAGGUGGAGGAGGUACAAUGAUUUGCCCCAAAGCGAUUGAGCCGGUGGCCCGACUCUUGGAGAAAGAAAGAGAAGGAGUAAGUCCGCGAAUGACACCUAGAAGGGAGAAUCCGGAGAUGAAGCCAGAGCAAGGACUAGACUGGUUCAAUCAGAUUGCGAAGAACAUGCCUGAUGAGGCGUUUGUGGAGGCGACUGGCGUUGUCGGAGACGUGUAUCUGCUUCAUCCGUUGAUGCUGCAUUCGGCGAGCAACAACCAACACAGGAAGGUCAGAGUGAUCACAAAUCCGCCAGUGUCUGUGAGAGAACCAUUCUCAUUUGAUAGAGAGGACGGAAAUUAUAGCGCAGUGGAACGCAAGACAUUAAGGGCACUUGGAAAGGACCGACUUGAGGGGUGGAAGAUAGAAGGUAAGAGAGAGAUGAUUGUGCCUGAGCGAAUGAAGAUUCAAGAAGAGAUGAAGAAAAAGGAAGCGGAACGAUUGCAGAAGUUGAAGGAGAGUCGGGGGAUCCCGAAUGAAGCCCAACAAGUCCGAUCUGUGGCGUAAAUAGCUUGAGUACCAUGAUCGAACAAACAGCAACAACGAGCUAAGAAUGUAUUAAAUUGUGUUUCAAGACACUUGCAACGUCACCCCG